ACUGUCAGUCAAUCAAAACAUCAAAAAUCUUAAAAUGUAAACACAAAAUAAAUCCGAAAUUAAAAAACACAAACAAAGAUGAUCAAUAUUCUUUCGUACGUUGGUAUGAACAUGCAAUCUGAGGUAUGCCUGUGGACUCUGCUGGGGCUCAUGCGUACCAUCUUCGACGCCACGUUGUUUAAAGUAAACUCCAACUUGAAACAGGUGUGGCAGAUGACGAUGCCGCCUGAGUUGUCGCUGCCGGUGCAGCGCGUGUUGCGCACCGUCAUCUCCGGCGUCAUGCUCGCGCAGUGUUUCACCGUAUACGUGUACCUCGCAUCGUACAUUGUUUUGCUCUAUCCUGUUUUCCUGGAAGAACGUCCAGCACUGGUACUACCGUGGCUACUCCUAGCCGCGAUAAGAAAGCUGCUAUGCGAGCUGACCAGCCUGUCUCUAGGCCUGGGUACCUGUGUGCUUCUCGGUCCGGCAAAACCGCCCUGCAUCAAGUUCCUGGUGGUUAAAGUGGUUUCUAUAAUGCCAGCGUUUUACAUGUGGAUGUUGGUGUUUAGUUACUACCACGUAUUGAAAGUGGCGUCAGCGUUCAAAACCUUUCCGCCGGUGCUGCCAUCUACCGACCUCGACUACGGAUUAGAGCUGGCGGUGAGGCGCAGGCGCACCAAAUCGUUGCUGGGCGAGGAUCAACUGCGGAGGAAGCUUGAGGCCAGUUUUUGCAGUGAAAGACACGGCUCGUUAAUAGAAGGUGAAGCUCUCCAGCUUCCGCCAGUGAAUCUCGCGUCAAACAUAGCGAGCUCAACUGACACUAGCGUGGAAGACAUGAAAGACAAUCUAGACUCCUCACAGCCGAUGUCAAUCACGUCGAACCGCAUGUCCGACGCCGGCACCUUCGAAGACUGGUUUGGUAAUGAAGUAGUGAUACCACGCGACACAGAUCGAAUUCUGGAACAGUUCGUGCUAAUGCUGUUGCGUAUCAGCGUUUACUUAACGAGGGAAGGCAGUGAAUCCCUCAUUUUACGGAGCUUCAGUCCACGAUCUCAAACCAUUUCGAUAAGAACUGAUCUUGACUGUCCAGUUAUGCCGUCAGAUACUGAUACCCCACAUGUAACGAGAUGCAGGGAGGACCAAAGACCCUCGUAUCUCCGUGACUAUCCUGAAAUGUUUACGAGGAAGUCUUCGGACAUACCUCUAUCUUCACGCAGAAGGGGCUCUAUAAGAACUGUGCAGAAGAAAAGCGAAUCUGAUGAUGGUAACAUCACAAAACAAUACAAGCGUGCUGUCUCAAUAAACUCUAAUGAAAAGGUGUCUCUGGAAAUAGAAAAAGUUGUGAAUAAAAAGAAGCAAACAAUGAAAAGGAAUGAACGUAAAAGAGAUCCUACUACUAAAUUAAAAUAUAGUCUAAAAAUAAAUGAAGUACAAUCAAAUAGCAUUGGAACAGAGACGGUAAAUGAGAGGAAGAACAGUCAAAAUGAAAGUACCGGAGUCGGAAUGACACAAACCAGUAAGAAGUUGAAUUUUAAAGAAAGACGAAAUAAUCCCUUAACCGAAAAUAAUAAGUCUGAAGAUGAAUCAUCACCUGAACAAAAAGGAGAAAACGGUGAGGGUCAGCAAAGUUCUCAGGAACAGCAUAAAAAUUUAGACAACAAUAAUACUCAGGACAAUCUAAGCAAAUAAUAUAACGUGAUUAUAAAAAAAAUACAAAAAAAAUGAGGAUAAUUUAUUAAUAUUACAAACUUAAACUAAAAAAA